AUGUCUUUUCAUGUUCCUCCAACUUUGGACGACGACGCGCUUCGUUCUGGUGUUGCGGCCAAGGUGAAUGACGGUGAUGUCGAUAAGGCAGAGGAUGCUAACAGCAUCAUCAGAUAUGUUUACGCUUUUGUCUACUACCAUUUAUCGGCAUACCUUGGACCCUCCACACGCACCAUCAAGCACGUUGUUCCAUACAAGGAUGAGAUCUCAAACACUCAAUCUCACGACGGUCUUCGUGAAGUCUUUACUUUUGACGAUACUGCCGUUGACACGGCUACGAGUACUGAAUUCUAUGGAACAAAGCAUUGCUUUUUUGGCGUGUUGGCGGCUGCUUUUGACUUGACCGUUGGGAUUUCUGCAUGUUUUGUAUCGACGUUUGAUAGGGGUGUUUCGGAGCUGAGCUUUGAUGCUUGGGCCUCAAAUGUGAUUGUGGGAUAUAUUCCACGGGCAGGUUUGACGUUCUUGCAGCAAUACGGUGUUGGAUAUGAAAGUUCGUAG